GGCGCGCCGGGGGACAUGGAACACCUGGCCCCGCACCACCUCCACCCAGGCCACGCCGAGCCCAUCAGUUUCGGCAUUGAUCAGAUCCUCAACAGCCCGGACCAGGGCAGCUGCAUGGUGUCCGCCUCGCGCCUGCAGGACGCAGACUAUGGGCUCGGUUGCAUAGUUAGCAGCGCCUACAACACCAUGACCGGGAGUUAUGGGGGAGCCGGCGGAGGCAGUGGUGGCGGCGGGGCUGGCCCGGGCCCCGGGCCUGGGGCGGGAGCCGGAGCAGGCGGUGGUGGCGGCGCGGGGGGCUAUGGAGGCGGCGGCGGCAGUGCCUGCAGUAUGGCCUCGCUGGCCGGCUCCUACAAUAUGAACAUGGCCAUGGGCACCGGGAGCGGCGGGAGCGGUAGCGCUCUCAGCUCCGCCGGGGUGAUUCGGGUGCCUGCCCACAGGCCUCUGGCCGGAGCCGUUCCUCACCACCAGCCCCUCGCCACCGGCAUGCCCACCGUACCCGCCGUACCCAGUGUCAACAACCUCACAGGACUCACUUUCCCCUGGAUGGAGAGUAACCGGCGAUACACAAAGGACAGGUUCACAGUGGCCCUCUCACCCUUCACUGUAACACGCCGUAUAGGUCACCCCUACCAGAACCGGACGCCCCCGAAGAAGAAGAAACCGCGCACAUCCUUCACACGUCUUCAGAUCUGCGAGCUGGAGAAGCGCUUUCAUCGCCAAAAGUACUUGGCGUCAGCCGAGCGCGCGGCCCUCGCCAAGGCGCUCAAAAUGACCGACGCGCAGGUCAAAACUUGGUUCCAGAAUCGAAGAACGAAAUGGAGGCGGCAGACCGCGGAGGAGCGGGAGGCGGAGAGGCAGCAGGCUAACCGCAUCCUUAUGCAGCUGCAGCAGGAGGCCUUCCAGAAGAGCUUGGCUCAGCCGCUACAGGCUGAUCCUCUCUGCGUGCACAAUUCAUCACUCUUCGCCCUGCAGAACCUGCAGCCCUGGUCCGACGACACGGCUAAGAUCACCAGCGUCACGUCAGUGGCCUCAGCCUGCGAGUGACCCCCCCUUCCUACCGGGGCCCACCCCGCUCGGUUUCUCUGUCCCCUCCCCAGCCUCUCAGAUCCUUAGCCCCUCCAGGACCCCCGCCAGAGAAGUGGGAGCCCAGACUUUGGGGUUGCGAGAGAGAGGAGCGACCUCCCCACCCUGAGUCCUCGCAUUGCACCCCGCACUCAGCCUCGGGAGAAGGCCCGAAGUCGGGGGCUCUGCCUGGAAAGGAGUAGGGGAGGUUCCCGAGGGCUUUGCACAGAGGAAAGAGUGAGGACCCUUCCCCCUGCCCCAGCCCCUUUCACGGAUCACGAGCCAGUUCUCCCUGCCCCUCCCUCUCCCCCUCAGUAACCGGACACAAAGUGAAACUCGUAGAAAGCCAGCCAGCCAGCUACCUGCCUCUGCUCUCCGAGGUCCGGUACCAGUGCAGUCCGGGUGAGAAACCCCACCCCUAUCCCCGGCUUUAUUUUCAGUGGAAAAGAAGAAAUUGGAAAUAGAAUAGGAACUUCGAUAAGAAGGGGCCUGGGGACCUAACUGGAGCCUCUAGUCCCGGGCAGCUUACCCCUCCCUGACCCUCGGUUCAGCUGGUACUUUUCAGAUUCUGCUCAAUUUCCGUUUAUUUUAUUUUAUUUUAUUUUAAAAUUUGGGAAUCUAGAGGGAGGCCGAGGAAGUGGAGGAGGAGAGAGGAAAAUUGGAGCUUCUAGGAUCGAGAGCGUUCUGAAGGGGUCCCCCAAGGAGCGGGUCGAUCCCCUGUAGAUUCAGCCCUACUGAAACCCAGAAACACUGUCACAGUCACUCGUGGACAACCACGCCACACACAGCAGCUGCAUAGUCACCCACAGUCACGAAGUUUCAUAAUGCACUUGGGUGCCCACAGUAUCACUGGCAGGAGCACACAACAAUCGAAGUGCCAGCGUUCACACAGCUUUAUACAGAUCCCAGUGACACUCAGUAAUGCCCACAAUUCCUGUUUGCUCCCAUCAUUCACAGUCACUCAUACAAUUCCGAACACUCAGUAGCAGGCAAGCACAAUUCUACACCCCCCCCCCAAACACACACAAAUACAGUCCCACACAGUGUCCCUCGAACACAGUGUCCGCGCAAUCUCGAACAACCAACAGUCUUGUAUACAGAUUGUAAAGGACAGUCAUACAUGGAGCCUGUUUGGGGAGGUUAGCUUUGCAUCCGUCUUUGGGGGGUUUUAAGUUAUGCACUUAUAAGGUGUUUUCCCUGUAACCAUUUUAUAAAGUGCUUGUGUAAUUUAUGUGGAAAAUAUGAAUAAAAUCGUCCGGAUCCGGAACCUUG